UUAAAACUGCAGUCAGUAAUUUUCCGUAGUCCCAAAGCGACCAUUCAAAACAUGCUGAAAAAUCGCUUGGGAAUUAUAUGAAGCCCUUUUAGAAGCACCGCUGGAUUGCAUCAUCCGUCGAGGGCGUGGCUAAGCAUCGAGUGUAAUGUACAGCUGUCAAGCAGGACCCUUCAUCACUCACACAUCAUCAUCAUUAUCAUUUUCAUCAACCGAGGAGGCAUCUUCUCCAGACCCAAAUACACCAUGUCCACGAUAGUUGGACUAACUGGGCCAAAACCGGGAGCCAAAGGAGCCAACGGAAUAGGAGGAGUCAGGGCGGAGACGGAUCACAUCAUAACCAUCAGCACUGCCAGCCUGACGGAACCGAGCAACGAGGAACCCAUCAAGGGAGUCGCUCCUGUCCAGUCCUUGGUAGUCCCAGUUCCACUGGAACCGAUAGUUUCCAGUGACCAAGAGAGACCAAGGAGUAACCACCGCUUGUGCCGGCUCUCCCAGCUGGUGAGCUACCAGAACAACAUCGCCGAUGUGCAGCAUCGCAAGGGGAGACGCCUCCACGGACUGCAGCUGCCACUGCAUCCCCUCCAGCUCUUCGGCUGGCUGGUGCUCCUCCUGUUCGGCGUGGCCAGCUACUGGGUGCUCAUCCCGGCCUUUCAUGCCCGCAUCCAGGGACCGCUCUACGGCCUGAUCACCGGUCUCUACCUGGUGCACAUAGCCUCCCAUCUGACGGCACUAUUAACGGAUCCGGCGGACAAGGAACUGCGGCGGGUGCAUCGCAACGACAGGAUCGUGCCCGAGUUCGACCGGACGAAGCACAGCCACGUGAUCGAGAACGGGCGGUGCCACCUGUGCAACAUCCGCACCUCCUCCAGCCGCACCAAGCACUGCUCCGUGUGCAACAAGUGCGUGGGCAAGUUCGACCACCACUGCAAGUGGCUGAACCACUGCAUCGGGUCGCGCAACUAUGUGGCCUUCCUGAUGUGCGUGGUCAGCGCGGUGGUGGCCACCCUGGUCAUCGUGGCCGCCGUGGUGGCCCAGGUGGUCUUCUACUACGUCCAGCCGGACUGGCUGAGCUUCUACUGGUGUCCUCUGGAGCUGAGUCACCCCCUGGAGGGCGGCGACUACAUAAACAUCACCUUGAGUCUGGGCCACAACGGCACCAUGAUGCUGAUAGAGCAGCAGGAGCAGGAGGAGCCCGCGGAGGAGCUGGCCAACAUGACCAUCUCCACGCUGCCCAGCCUGCUGGAGAACUUUACGGCCCUGAUAGAGGCCACCACCGCGCAGGCGGGGAUUAGUGUAAGCAAUCACACAGUCACACAGCCCGUGGUUUCUGGGAUUACACUGAACGAAACCAUUUUCCUGUUCCUGCUUGGGUUAUUAGGAUUACUGGCCGCCGUGAGUGCAGGACUGCUUCUGCACCUGUGCUUCUUCCACAUCUACAUCUCGUUUCUGGGACUGACCACGUACGAGUACAUCAGGAACCAUCGGCAGGCGCAGGAGGCCAAGACCAAGCAGCUCCUGGAGGGAGCUCCCAAAAACGGGGGAGUACACUUCUCCAGCUCGCUGCCCGAGCCACACAAUCCGUCCAAGUCGCUGCCCGGGGGUCAGCAGCUCUACUGCUGCUCCAGUGCCCCGCAUCCCAGCCAGCUGCAGUCGCAGGAGGCGGUGCAGGUUGGUCAAACGGAGCAGUCCCUGCGGCUCCACUGCUGCGCCAGCUCCAGGGAGUUCCACCAGAGCAGGCAGGCCGUCUACGUGUGCUCCCUGCUGGAGGAGAAUGUGCCGCAGAUCCAAGUGGAGACGGACACGCUGAGCAGCUUCCACUGCUGCUCCAGCUUCGCGGCCAGCUCCCUGCAGCGCCGGGUCAGCCUGGCCAAGGGAUCGCUGAUCUCGGCGGAGCCGCGUCCCCAGCGGCCGGCCACCUAUCUGCAGUACACCGAGCAGUGCACCCUCUGCACCUUCCGGCUGCGCAGGGGAUCGGGAGCGGCGGCGGCGGGCUCCUCGGGAGCGGUGAGCAGCGCCGGCGGAAGCAGCAGCACUCGCACUCUGACCAGCCAAACCGGCGGAUCCUCGUCCUCGGCCACGGCAGCCGGGAAUAUCUCGAAGCAUCAGCGCUGGCGAAGGAAAUGGAACUGCUGCGCCUCGGUGCCGGAUAGUCCCGAUGUGCCCAACGAUCUCCUGGCGGCCCUGACGUUCCGCGAACGCGAGGAGGCGGCGGCGGCGGCCAAACUGAAUGCCCAGGAGCUGCCCAUCCAGUUCAUACGCACCUUGAACGGGGGUUUGGAUCAGGAGUUGCCUUUAAAAGGAGCCACUGCAACUCCCACGCCGCCCAGAAGCUCGCGGCUGCGUCACAUGCUGCGCUUGCUGGGACGCUAUCGAAGACCCCGGUGUCGCCAUGGAGCCACGCAUCAUGGAAUCGCGGGAAAGGAGCACCAGAAUCACGGCGGCUCGGCCAUCAAGCAGAAUCAGAUUCGACCGCUGCAGCUGCAGGCGGCUGGGCGGGGAUAUGCCAACUCCACGGCCACGCCCACACCGCCCGCCAGUUCGCCGACGAGCAGGAGUUCCCUGGAGAGCAGCGAGCUGAGCACCAGCACAACGAGUCCCGAGCUGAUGCUCUUGCCCACGUCCGUGAUAAGGGACGACAGCGUGACCACCUACACGCUGACCUUGCCGCCCGCCCUGCCGCCGCCGACGCGGAGGAAGAUGAACCAGACCUCCCAGGAGCUGGCGGAGCUGGCCGAGACCCUGGGCUUUGCCAGCCAUCACCAGAGUCCGCAGACCAACAGCCGAACGCUGCCCAGUCUGGGGAAUGUCUAUCGGCGGCAGCGGAGGAAGCACUUCCUGCGGACGCGAUCGCCCACUCUCUCGCCCAUCCACGAGUCCGGACUCUCGAAUCCGACGUCGCCGCAGCCCCUGAGGCAUCUCCACCACCACCAAUCGAACUCCAAUCCGGCCAAAGCCACGUCCUCGCCGCUGCUUAACCGCAACGGAAACGGAAACUCCUCGGCGCUGCUCGUCCAGAAUCUGUGCAGCCUAGCGGGGGAAACGCUGAGGAAGACCGCCUCGAAUAGCUCGCUGCAGAGCCUCAGCUCCAAUUCGAGCAGCACAUAGAAAAGAAGAGAGUCCUCGAUGGUUUCUGUUUAGUCCCUAGGUUAGUCUUAUCCCUAGCAAGUAGUAGUCCUCGCAUCCGGAAAUCAAUUAAUCCGCAAAUAAGCAUCGAAAGUCAUAACUGAAAUCAAUUAAGCAGGGGGAGGAGUGGGUGGAGGAUUGGCUGUCAGGGCCAGAAAGGAAAUUGCCUUUGAUGCGAUGCGGUUUCAUGGCCCAAACUUAAUUACCGCUUCUGGUCGGGGGGCUCCUUUGUUUGAGCUUGUGGAUUGCAUAUUUGAUUUAUUAAGAGUCUGGUGUGGAGAGGUAAUAGAAAAGAUUGGAAUUUUCGCUAAAAAGUAG